AUGUCGCUCCUCCAAAAUGAAGAUUUCAUAACAUGGCAACUUCGUGCCUCCUACCUCUCGACGAUAAAAGAUGGUGUUGGCGACAGACUUAUAACCCUCAACUCUUCCGUUUUCAACUCUCCUGGGUUUCGGACGUCGGGACUUUCCAGAUCUGCCACCGCUGCACAUGCUCAUGCAAUUAAGCGAACCUACUCUCCACCGAUCCCUGUUGCCACCGCCGUCGCCUCGGAGUACUACCAGUCUGGAUCUAAGAGUGGAAACAGCGGCGAACAUGGCGACAAUGGGGAUGAAAUACCGGAAGGUGAACGCCGCAUUGGCCUUGGGCUGAGUGAUGAAGAAGAGGGUGGGAUGGUGACAGGUGUACGUGACGACACCAACACCAGUGUGCCUUUACCAGCACGGACUAGCCCGGGGAAGAAACCGAGGAAGCGGAGACAGCAAAAUCAGCUGAGAAAGCUACCUAGCCAUAUUGAGGUUGAUGAGGAUGACAGUAGUGAUCUUAGUGAUGAUAGCGAUGAAGGACCUGGGGAUACUUCGCGAGCUGUGCAGCAAAUACAAUUUACGAAAAUGCCUGUUCGAAAUCGUGCCGGUUCUUCCCCGAUCAGGAGCUCUAUGCGUCGCGAAGGCCCCAAGGUCUUGAUCACUUCUCCGUCAAUCAGAUCGAAUGAAAAUCACUAUCGUAGAAACUCUCUCGGUACAGUCCAAGCCGUCAAACCUCGGGCGCGUGGUGAUACAAUAACUAGCAGUGAAUUGUCGUCAGAUAAUGACCUGGAUCCGGAUACCACCAGAAGACGACAAAUUCACUUUCAACCGGAGGAAGAGAUUAUCGAAAAUGCCGAUGACGCGUCAAGCGAGAAGCUAGAGGAAGAGAUUGAACUCGAAGCUGCAAUGGCUAGUCGUAUGGAUGAGAAUGACGAGGACUCAAUAGCAGAAUCUGUUGGAUCUGCGAUGUCCUCCGAGUUUGGCGUGACGGCAGGCUCGACUACGCUCCUGGAUAGAGUGGCUGGUGGUGGAACUUUGGGCUCUUCUUUACUGGGAAAAUCGGCAAAAGAUCCACAUGACACUUCACCAAGGAAACCCAGGGCGCUUUCUCCCAUCUUACAGCGAUUGGCUCCUUCGCGUCCUCUGAGCAUGGUGGGGACAACCAGUCUGAUAACAGCUAUGAUACGAGCAAGGACAGAGGGUGCUGUUAACCCGGUGGAGAAAUAUGCUGCUUUUUCUGGGAAAAGCGACACAGCAACCCCGCUAUAUAUCAAGGUCUUUAUUCCCACCAGUGCAACCCCAGAUGUGCCUAUCGAUAUGCCUACUGUCCGGGAAUCAAAGGAUGAAACGCAGCCCGGUCACACCAUAGUAGCGCAAGCCAUUGGUUUAUCCUUAUGGAGAUAUGGUGAAGAUGAGCGAAAACCGGCGAUUGCGAAGGAUAAGCUUAGUGUCAACCACUGGCAUCUUCGUAUGAUGGAUGACGGCGAGGUUGAUUACGAUUUCCCGCCCCUCAGUCGAGACAAGCCUCUUACAGAUUUCACAUCCAAUAACAAUCGAGCAGCGGCAUCCCGAGGGAGGUCCAGAAGCAAACCAUACGAUGAGUUUGCUCUAGUUAAAGCUACCGACGACGAAUUUGAAGAAAACGAGAAGCGCUUUCCAAAAUACAGUACUGCGGCCGCGCCGCCAGUCGCAGAGAAUCCACCUGCUCCCGCUCCGACUACCCCGGCCCCUGUCGGUAAAGGAGCAGCCGCAGGACGCGCCAAUCCUAUUCUUGGCCAGCCGUUCCCAUCUGCCUUGGACGACGCUUCUUUAAUCCCCGCCGAUCUUCCUGCCGUACCCACUUCGCAUGCAACUCCUAAAGUUGGAGAUUCGAAAACGAUUAGGGUUCGGCAUUUUGAUCUUGAGUCGUCGUCGCGUACGACUACGCUGAAUACUUCCACGGACAGUUACAUUGCAGAGCUCCUGGACUCCGUUUGUAAGAAAUGGGGAUUGGACAAAGGAAAUUUCCUGCUCAAGGUUGUGGGAUCAAAUACGAUAGCGCCUUUGGAUCGAACAGUUGAAGCGCUUGGGAGCAUCUCAGAACUUGAGCUAGUUCGUCGUCGAUUUGGUCUUGGCCCCCUUUCAUUGACAGGGUCUCCUGGCAGCUCUUCGCCAAAUGCGCCACUGCUAAUCGAGGCCCAAAAUCUAAACUCUACGACGAAGAAAGGAAAGAAAGCGGGCCGGAUGCUGCACCCGCUCGCUCAGCAGCAAGACGUUAUUGGAGGCUACUAUCGCCGCUAUCAUGUUACCAGAAAGCAAUCAAUGUCCCUGACAGCGUCUAGUCAGCGGGUGCUUGCGUUUGACCACGAUUAUAUUCACAUCCUUCCUGGCGAAUCAGGACGCACGCUAUUCGAGUCUAAUGCAAAGACCACGUCAAUUUCGUUCAACGACGUUGUGGGAUCGAAAAUCAGUCGGCGGCACCCAAAGAGUUUUCGAAUUGUGGUGCUACGAGGCAACGACGCCAAUGAGCAGAAGCGCUAUGACUUCGAAGCCAAGAACACGAUGGAAGCGACAGAAAUCGUGGAGGAAAUUAAGAAGAACAUGACAAACUACCAGAUAUGA